UUGCCAGUAGAUUGCUCUAAGUGGCAGCAGACUACAAUCCUGUUUGGUAAUAUAGAUGUUUGGGUAUCUGUGAGGUGGCUGGUCCAAGCGUGUUGUGUUGUGGCUUAUUCUGAGUAGGAACGAUCUAUAUCAAGAAGCAUGUACUGAUGUGUCAUGUACAUGGACUCGGUAAUAAGGACAAGGGUGGCUCUAUGCCCUAACAUUUAGCUAGCCUUGAACUAAAUGUAUAAAGCCAUAUCUUAUUUCUUAUUUAAACAGGUUUCCAUGAUUAGGGUUCUGCUAGCCAUGUGGUCGACAACCACUACUUAAUAGACUUGGCGGCUUCUUCUGCACCACAUUUUACCACUAUCCACAUGGGGAACCAAGGUGCAAGCAGUGGCACAACAGGUGGCCCAGGAUAAGUUUGUAUUUGAUUUACCUGACUAUGAAAACAUCAACCAUGUUGUGGUCUUUAUGCUGGGAACUAUCCCAUUUCCAGAGGGCAUGGGAGGAUCUGUCUACUUCUGCUAUCCUGACCAGAGUGGGAUGGCAGUGUGGCAACUCCUGGGGUUUGUCACCAAUGAGAAACCGAGUGCCAUCUUCAAAAUUUCUGGUUUAAAAUCUGGGAAAGGCAGCCAACACCCCUUUGGAGCAAUGAACAUCCCCCAGACACCAUCUGUAGCCCAGAUUGGGAUCUCAGUGGAAUUGCUAGAAAAUUUGGCUCAGCAGACCCCGGUAGCAAGUGCUGCUGUAUCAUCAGUAGACUCAUUCACUCAGUUCACCCAGAAGAUGCUGGAUAGCUUCUAUAACUUUGCCUCAUCAUUUGCAGUUACUCAGGCACAGAUGACACCAAAUCCCUCUGAAGCUUUCAUCCCUGCAAAUGUUGUUCUGAAAUGGUAUGAGAACUUCCAAAGACGACUGGCCCAGAAUCCUUUCUUUUGGAAAACAUAAAUUUGAAUCAGGUCUUUUGAAGUGUUCUCCAACUAUAUAGUCAUGUCUUCGUUACAGUUAAUCACCCCACUAAAGAAAAUUGGUGGCGUAAUCCAAGUCCGAGCAGACUACGUUGAUUUUAUAGUACCAUUGAAACUUAUUUAAAAUUAAAAACUGAAAACUGCUCAUCUUUGUGUUUUAAGCUUAAAAAAUAAACUUCAAAAAAUCAAUGUAUAUUUACAUCUUUAAAAGUGUUCUUAUGUACUUGUAUUAGUUUGUCCCAUUGUUAAAAUGGCUGUACAUCAACCAUAUUUGUACAAAUUAUAUGAAGUAUUGCA